AUGUCUCUCUUCAGGGCAUUAAAGAAAACCUGCUCAGUAAUCAAAAAGAACCUCUUCUCUAGAGAAACGACUGAAGCAGUGAGAAUGGAAACCACAAAGAUUAAUAUGUCCCGCGUCCCACUGGUCAAUGGAGGCAUCGACACUGCCAUGCUCAAGGCACACAAACCCCGUGUGAUGUCCAAAAGUGGUCACAGCAACGUGCGGAUCGACAAAGUCGAUGGCAUUUACCUACUCUACCUUCAAGACUUGUGGACUACAGUUAUAGACAUGAAAUGGAGGUACAAACUCACCUUAUUUGCUGCUACUUUUGUUAUGACCUGGUUCCUCUUUGGAGUUAUCUACUACGCCAUUGCAUUCCUUCAUGGUGAUUUAGAAAUAAACAAGUUCACCCCAAAGCGUGAGCCGUGUGUCAAGAACGUAGACUCUCUGACUGGGGCAUUCCUCUUCUCCCUGGAGUCGCAGACCACCAUUGGCUAUGGAUUUCGUUUCAUUACAGAGGAGUGUCCUCAUGCCAUUUUCUUACUUGUGGCCCAGCUGGUCAUCACCACCUUGAUUGAAAUCUUCAUCACAGGUACCUUUCUGGCCAAAAUUGCAAGACCUAAAAAAAGGGCAGAGACUAUUAAAUUCAGCCAUUGUGCCGUCAUUACGAAACACAACGGAGAACUUUGCCUGGUGAUUAGAGUAGCAAAUAUGAGGAAGAGCCUUCUGAUACAGUGUCAGCUCUCUGGGAAGCUUCUUCAGACAUAUGAAACCAAAGAAGGGGAGCGGAUCCUGCUGAAUCAAGCCAGUGUCAAGUUCAACGUUGACUCCUCUUCAGAGAGUCCAUUUCUCAUUUUGCCUUUAACCUUCUACCAUAUUUUGGAUGAAAGCAGCCCUUUGAGAGAUCUCACACCUCAGAACCUCAAGGAGAAGGACUUCGAGCUUGUGGUGCUCCUGAACGCCACGGUGGAGUCCACCAGUGCUGUCUGCCAAAGCAGGACUUCCUACAUCCCCGAGGAGAUCCACUGGGGCUACGAGUUCGUGCCUGUGGUUUCUCUCUCUCCAAAUGGAAAGUACGUUGCGGAUUUCAGUCAAUUUGAGAAGAUAAGGAGAAGCACAGAUUCCAUUUUUUAUAGUAUGGACUCUGAAAAGCAAAAACUAGAGGAGAAAUACAGGCAGGAGGAUCAAAGAGAGAGGGAACUGAGAACGAUGCUGUUACAGCAGAGCAAUGUUUGA